AUGUCAGAACCCUUAGUUACAACAGAGACGGCGAAUACCAUUCCCGGUACACUUAGAGAACAGGCACAACACUUCGUAUUGUCUAUUAACGAGAGAGAAAAGAGGGGAACGUAUAUAUUUUUCUGCUUUUGUUUUCUCAUAUUGUCUGGAACUCAUGUAUCAGAAUCUAAAAAGCAAGAAUGCAAAACAGCCACAAAAGAUGUAGUAUUCUUGCUAGAUACUUCGGGUUCUGUUGGGGCUGUGGCGUUUGAGGAAGUUUUAAACUUUACAAAGGCAAUCGUUUCGACAUUUAGAAUUGGUCCACAAAACACCCUGGUUGGAAUUGAAACUUUUGCUUCAAUUGUGCAUCAUCAAUUUGCUUUGGAUGUUAACAAAAACAUGGCAACCUUACUGACUGCAAUCGACAGCAUACCGUAUCAAAGCGGUGGAACGAAUAUAGUAGCUGGUUUGGAAUACGUUAUCAAAAAUAGCUUCAAGGCUGGUGGAAGAAGAAAUGCAGAUAAAAUUCUUAUUUUAGUCACUGAUGGUCAAACAUACUCCCCAAAUGCAACGGCAAUGCAAGUGAAAUCGCUGCGUAAAACAAAUAUAAAAGUGUUCUGCAUUGGUGUUGGACUUUAUGUUGAUCCAAAAGAACUUCAACACAUAGCUUCGGGUGCGAACCAUACAUUACUAAUUAAGGAUUACGACUCACUUUCGAACACGAUAAGAAAACUUCACGCGGCCAUAUGCAAAGUUUCAAGAAACAGAAAAGCACCAGUGUACCUACGAGACUUCAUUCAUGGAUUUGAGUAUCUAGAAGUGGCCAUUCUUACUCUUGUUACUGUCAUCGCUAUAGGAGCCUUUGGUUGCUGUUGUCGAUUCUGUGUCCUCUUUGCCAAACGCAGAGAAAGAGAGGAGGAAGAAAAGCCAAAACGACAACAACCCUGUAAGCGUCCAAAAGACUGGCCUUCUUAUUAA